AGCACUAUGGCACCCCAUGCUAUGUCAACCGGCGACGAGAGCCCCAGUACUUCACCAAUAUAUUCAAACUCCGAAACCAACGGACACAUGGAUGGCGCAGCGCGUAUCAAUGGAAGCAACGGCAUUAACAGGACUAAUGGUGCCAAUAGCACAAACUCCAAAGCAGAGAGCUUGUCACCAAUAGCCAUUGUUGGUAUGGGAUGUCGUUUACCAGGCGACGUUUCAACUUCAGAACAGUUCUGGGAACUUUGCUCUCGGGCUCGUAGUGGCUGGUCCCCAAUUCCCAAUAGCAGAUUUAACCACGAGGUAUUCCACCAUCCCAAUCCGGAUAAGGUUGGCUGCUACAAUCCAGAGGGUGGGCAUUUUCUCUCUGAAGAUAUUGGACUAUUUGAUGCCCCAUUUUUCAACUUGACCGAAAAAGAAGCGAUCUCGCUGGAUCCUCAACAGCGAUUGUUACUGGAGUGUACAUAUGAAGCCUUUGAAAAUGGAGGAAUCCCUAAACACAGUUUAGUUGGGCAGAAAGUAGGCGUUUUUGUUGGUGGUUCCUUCGCAGAUUACGAGCUGAGGAACUGUCGUGACACCGACACAGGUACGUCAAAAGAGCUCUUCUCUGUCCUAAUAGCAACUAAGAGGAUUUUCGGAGCGAAAAAACCCCAACUAAUCCGUUGGAAAAAACCAGCCCCUAUGUAUCAAGCCACUGGAUGCUCUUCGUCUAUGUUGGCCAACAGGAUUUCAUAUUAUUUCGACCUUUCUGGCCCAAGUUUCACGGUAGAUACUGCAUGUUCGUCUAGCUUGUCAGCCUUACAUUUGGCCUGCCAAAGCUUGCGCAGCGGCGAAUCAAGCCAAGCUGUGGUAGCGUCUAGUCACUUAAACAUUUUGCCGGAUUACUUCAUUACAAUGUCUAUGUCAAGCCUUUUCUCGAACGAGGGAAAAUCUUUUGCCUUCGACCACCGUGGUAACGGAUUUGGUCGAGGAGAAGGUGUCGGAUGUGUGAUCUUGAAGCCCUUAGAUGAGGCUAUUAAGGCGAAUGAUUCUAUUCGCGCUGUUAUCGUUGGCUCUGGAAUCAACCAAGAUGGCAGAACAAAAGGAAUCACUAUGCCAAGCGGCGACGCUCAAGUUGCAUUGAUGAAAUCCGUUUAUGAAAAAUCUGGUUUGAACCCUGCCGACACAGGGUACAUCGAAGCUCAUGGCACUGGUACGAAAGUUGGGGAUCCAAUAGAGGCCGCGGCCUUACAAGAAGUUUUCGGCGAAGGACGAACCGCUAAACAGCCUCUCUUCGUCGGCAGUGUGAAAUCAAAUAUUGGUCAUCUUGAAGGUGCGAGUGGUGUGGUCAGUCUGAUCAAGACCGCUAUGAUGCUUGAGAAGGGUUUCAUACUCCCGAACUGCGACUUUGAGAAGGGAAAUCCGAAAAUCCCGUUCAGCGAAUGGAAUAUGAAGGUCCCGACAAAUCAGCGCCCGUGGCCACGGGGGAAGAAAUAUGCGAGUAUCAAUAACUUUGGUUUCGGAGGGACGAAUGCUCACGCUGUCCUUCAAAAGGCACCUAACCAGCCCAAGGCUGUUUUGAAUGGAACCAAUGAUACACGGGCGACUGGAGCUCAUACCUCGCCGAAGAGACUCUACAUUUUGUCUGCAAACGACAAGACGGCAUUGGAAGCCCAAAUGCAUGAACUCACGAUAUACCUCGAGCAGCGUCCGGAGGUCUUCCAGAACUCUCUUCUGCCAAAUUUGGCAUAUACCUUAGGUCAACGCCGAUCCAUCCUCUCUUACAAGAUUGCCAUUCCAGCAAGGUCGUCCGCUGAGCUGAUACCUGAACUUGCUGGAUUGAAUAUCAAGCCAUCGAGAGCGACACAGGAACCUAGGAUUGGCUUCGUUUUCACAGGCCAGGGUGCCCAAUGGCAUGCUAUGGGCCGCGAGCUUCUGGACGCGUACCCCGUUUUUGCUUCUACGAUGGAAAAGCUCGACAAUUGCCUACUUGAUCUAGGAGCCAAUUUCUCUCUACUGAAGGAGUUGUGUAAGGACGCUGAGUCUUCGAGGGUCUCGGACGCAGAAAUCAGUCAACCUGCAUGCACCGCGAUUCAAUUAGCUUUGACUGACCUAAUAAAAUCCUGGGGAAUACAACCUGCUGCGGUAGCUGGCCAUUCCAGCGGCGAAAUUGGCGCUGCGUAUGCAGCUGGAGCACUGCCGCUCGACUCUUGCAUUGCAAUUGCAUACUAUCGUGGCCAGUCGGUUCUGUCGCUCAAACGCAAAUAUCCAGAGCUCAAGGGCACUAUGUUGGCCGUUGGAGGAUCUGUCGAAGACGUUAGACCCAUGAUCAAGUUGUUGAAAGAAGGCCGUGCCACCGUAGCAUGCAUUAACAGCCCUUCGAGCGUCACAGCAUCUGGGGACGAGCAAGCAAUAGACGAAUUGCAAGACUUGAUUGAGCAUAAACAGAUGUUCAACCGAAAGCUUCGUGUCGACACUGCAUACCACUCUCACCACAUGAAUCAUGUGGCCGAGGAGUACGGAGAUAAUAUCAAGUAUGUCACUCCCAAAAAGGUGUCUACAACUUCCUUCCACUCUUCAUUAUUAGGACGCCAGGUCGACACUGCAGACUUAGGCCCAGCUUAUUGGGUUGAGAACUUGACCCGCCCAGUGCGGUUCUCGGAGGCUAUGCAGAGUAUGUGCAAGCCCAUUGACGACACUGCGACUCCGGGAGUCGAUAUUUUGGUAGAGAUCGGCCCGCAUGCAGGUCUCGAGGGGCCUAUCAAACAGAUCCUCAAGUCAAUCGGCGGGAAUGUAGUCAAGAUUCCAUACGCAUCAGCCUUGUACCGAAACAAGGAUGCAGUCGACACUUCUGUACAAUUGGCAGGAAACCUAUUCAUGAAAGGGGCCAUGGUGGACUUUGGAGCAAUCAAUUUCCCAAUUCCUGGAACUAAGGCGCCUGUACUCCUGACCAAUCUUCCCAAGUAUCGAUGGAAUCACUCGACAAAGUAUUGGCACGAGUCGCGUAUUGCGGAUAAGCACACCGAUCGACCAUUCAGCCGGAACGAUUUGGUUGGGACUCUUGCCUACUACUCAAAUGAUCUUGAACCAACAUGGAGAAAUAUCAUUCGGGCUGACGAUAUGCCUUGGGUGAGACACCACAAGAUGCAGUCAAUAACAGUUUAUCCAAUGGCAGGAUACAUCACCAUGGCCCUAGAAGCCGCAGCCCAGAGAGCAGUGAUGCGAAAUGUCGUUUUCGACAAGUUUGAACUGCGCGAGGUAACGAUUAGCCGACCUUUAGUAAUUCACGAGGGUUCCGAUGUAGAAGUAAAUAUUACGCUCCGAGCGCACGCUGAAGGCACACGUUCAUCCUCUGAUACUUGGGAUGAGUUCCGAAUCUUUUCAUGGGCGAAGGACCGAAGUUGGAUUGAGCACUGCCGGGGACUUAUUUCGACCCAAAAGCGAAUCGAGAACAAUGUUGUUGAUGGCGCUCAGCAGAUGCUUGAUGAAAAGACCGCAUUGGCCUCGCGAAUGGUUGCCAUCACCGAUGCUUGCACGACUGACGUAAAUGCUUCGGAGAUGUAUGAGGCUCUCGACGCAGCUGGCGUCGGCUAUGGCGAGUCCUUCCAGGGCCUGGAAGAUUGCCGGGCUAGCGAUAACUAUGCUGUGGCAGAUCUGGUGAUUCCAGACACCGCUGCUUUCAUGCCCAAAGGCCACGAGCCAGAUUUUAUUAUGCAUCCUGCAGUUCUCGAUCAGUUUGUCCAGAUCGUCUGGCCAAUAUUUGGUGCGGGACGGAAAGAUCUGGAUGUUAUGUAUAUGCCUUCCUUUGUCCAAUCCAUGUCCAUCUCGACUGGCAUCACUCGAAUUAGUGGAGACCGAUUGAGAGUCUUUGGUACUGGAAAGCCAACACUGGAGGACCCAUCUCCGACAAAGUUGACGUUGUUUGCUACUGCAUCGGAGAGCGAAGAUGAGGCUCUUAUUACCAUGGAGUCUUUGGUCAUGACGCCUAUAUUUGAUGGAUCAAACGAGUCUGCCUCAUCUGCUAAUCGCGAGCUUUGCUACAAAAUGGACUGGGAAGUUGUCGCGAAAACCGGACCCAACGGAAUGUCAAAUGGAGCGACACAUCACAACGGAGAAAACAAUGGCGUGACCAACGGUGGAACGAAUGGGCACUCUACCUUCCCAACAUAUGAUUCAGAGGUUGUAAUCAUCUGUGAUGAAACAACCCAAGAAUUGCUAGUAACUGGUGUCAAAGACCUUUUGAUAGACCUGACCAACAAGACCCCAGAAGUGGGAGCACUUGGCACUCUUGUAACUGAGGGCAAAGUUUGCAUUGUUCUUUCCGAACUUGAUCGGCCCAUCGUUUCGAGCCUUGGCGCAACAAAUUUCGAGGCGCUUCAGAAGAUGCUUACUUCAGCCGCUGGUGUUCUCUGGGCCAUUCGAGGUGCUUAUACUGCUUCUGAGGACCCUGAUGCCGAAAUGGUCAUUGGAAUGGCAAGAAGUAUCCGCUCAGAGACCUUGCUCAAGUUCGUUACUCUCGAUCUAGGCACAUCACCUCAACUUUCCAGUACCGGAACUGCCGAAAACAUCCUGCAAGUCUUCAAAACGAGCUUUUCGUCUUCCGCAGCUUCAUUGGGUGUCGAUAUGGAGUAUCAAGAACGAGAUGGCAAGCUUUUUGUUCCUCGCGUGAUCAAUGACCCUGACAUGAACAAGUUCGUUCAGCAGGAAACUCAGCCAACUACAGCACCAGAUCUGCAACCUUUCCAUCAGGACGGGCGACCGUUGAAGAUGGCCAUUGAGACAGCUGGUGCACUUGACACUCUUUACUUCACCGAUGACCCCACUGUUAACACUUCAUUAUCUGAAUAUGAGGUCGAGAUCGAGGUCAAGGCCACAAGUAUGAAUUUCAAGGAUAUCAUGAUAUCCAUGGGCCAGUUGUCAAGCAAGUACAUUGGAGUUGAGUGCGCUGGAGUUAUCAGUGCUGUCGGCAGCAAAGUCACCGAUCUCGCUGUGGGAGACAGAGUCUGCGCUAUGUCUGAGGGCGCUUAUUCCACGUAUACCCGAUGUCUUUGUACUAGCGCACAAAAGAUUCCUGAUACACUCUCUUUUGAAGACGCUUCCACAAUUCCGGUCAUUUUCUGCACUGCUUACUACUCGUUGUUCGACCUCGGUCGCUUAGUCAAGGGCGAGAUGGUCCUGAUUCACGCCGCGGCUGGUGGUGUAGGUCAAGCAGCUAUGAUCCUUUGCCAGAUGAUUGGAGCAGAGAUAUUUGCAACUGUUGGCAGUGUUGCCAAGAAGCAAUUUAUAAUGAGCGAGUAUGGCAUCCCCGAAGACCGCAUCUUCUACAGCCGAAACACAUCCUUCGCGAAGGGUAUCCAACGUGCCACUAAUGGCCAAGGCGUUGACCUCGUCCUCAACUCUCUUGCUGGCGACCUUCUUCGAGAGACGUGGGAUAGUCUAUCUCAUUUCGGACGCUUCAUCGAGAUUGGCAAACGAGAUAUCGUUGGAAAUAGCCGUCUUGAGAUGUCCAGAUUCGAGCACAAUGCCAUGUUUGCAUCUGUUGAUUUGACAGUCGUGGCUGCUGAACGUCCCAAGAUCAUGAAAAGGCUUCUUUCGGAUGUCUUCGAUCUGAUUAACAAAGGGCUUGUAAAGCCGAUCUCACCCAUCACUACGUAUCCAAUUUCGAGCGUCGAAGCUGCUUUCCGUACUUUGCAGGGUGGGAAGACAAUGGGAAAGAUUGUCAUUGUUCCUCGACCCGAUGAUCAGGUCAGGGCUAUCCCUUCCAAGACCCCGAGAAGCUUAUUGAAAGCCGAUGCGACAUAUAUCAUCAUCGGUGGUACAGGAGGUCUUGGACGUAGCAUGAGCAGAUGGAUGAUGGAAAAAGGAGCUCGAAGCGUCGUCCUCAUCUCACGAAGUGGAAGCGCGACCGGCAAAGUCGCGGAGCUGAUAGAAGAAGCCACCGCCCUAGGGGCGACAAUUACAGUCCGCUCCUGCGACGUUACCUCGAAAGAGCAAGUCCAAAAACUCAUCACAGAAGACAUAUCCACCCUGCCACCUGUCCGCGGCGUAAUCCACGCAGCAAUGGUCUUGCACGACAUUCUCUUCGAGAAAAUGACCUUCGAGCAAUGGCAAGCCGUCGUUCAGCCCAAGGUAGCAGGAGCAUGGAACUUCCACCACGCGCUUUCAUCCAUCCCGCUCGACUUCUUCAUCGCGCUCUCCUCAGCAGCAGGCGCAGUCGGCAACCGAGGACAAGCAGCCUACGCAGCCGCAAAUUGCUUCCUUAACGCCUUCGUACAAUACCGCGCCCGCCUCGGUCUCCCAGCCUCUAGCAUCGACCUCACCGCCGUCAGCGACGUUGGCUACCUAGCUGAAAACGCAGAUCGGCAAGCGCAAGUUUCCGAGAACAUGGGCAGUGAAACGAUUUCAGAGAAAGAAGUUCUCGCCUUGCUUGCUGCGGCGAUCACGGGACGCAUGAAGGACAACUGCGACAACCACUGCAUCACGGGUCUCAAAAUCGUUCCUGGGCAGCCUGGGCCUUUCUGGGCCGAUGACGCCAAAUUCUCGUACCUGAAAGCAGCAGCUGCUGCAGAAGCAGAGAAUCUCUCCAUAGCCGCACCAGCCAUCUCCCUUUCCUCUGCACUCAAAGACGCGAGAUCGCAAGAACAAGCUUUGGAGUUUGUUUGUGAGGGCCUGAUGACGAAAGUUAGCGCUGUGCUCAUGGUGCCAAGGGAGGAAAUGGAUGCUAGUCGUCCAAUUGUGGUGUAUGGACUUGACAGUCUGGUGGCGAUUGAGAUCCGGAAUUGGAUUACGAGGGAGUUGGAGGCUAGUUUGCAGGUAUUGGAGUUGUUGACCAGUAAUUCUAUUACGGCGCUUGCGGAGACGAUUCUGAAGAAGAGUAAGCUUGUGAGCUUUGAGGUGAAGAAGGAGGGUUGA